AUGAGCAUUAUAAUAGAAAAGACAAAGCAUGAUGCUUGGCAGUGCGUGAAGCGAAAGCUACAAAAUCUCAAUCACAACACGCAAGUUGAUGAAAUUCAGCGCAGAUGGAAAAGCAUGCGAGAUACAGGAAGGGCAGGUCGCUACUCUCUGGGUCGCCCAGGCCACAUGGCAAUGUGUGUCCCCAUCUUUUUUGGAUCCUGCGGAAGCUGA